AUGACCUCCAGAAACACCGAAACCAAAUUUUACCCUGGUACCCCACGAAACGUCCGCAGGCUCAGCGAUAGUGCAAACACACGAACUCGCACAGUGGUGCACAGAGCACACACACAACCGACCAACCUGACAGUGAAAUACAUUCAUGUGCCAGAUCGAAGCAACACGCAGUCACACCGUGUCACAGAUACACUGUCGUGCACAGGCAAGUCCCGGUCAUGCACAAGACACCAGGCACAUCCACAACCUCCAAGGGACCCGAGCACGCCCAACCACCCUGUCACGACAGGUGUCGCCCACCUCACAGUCACCAGCAAACUCCAGCUACACACGUGGCUACACAGCCACACGGCCACGGAAGCCCGUCCGCCGUCACGUCAGCACACGGUCACACACACCCUCAGAGGCACAACCUGCUCACAGCCUCCCAAACGCUCGUACACAAAACCACCGCCGCACAUGCCCAGUUCUCCACAGGCACCGACGCCGCGGGAGACGACGCCGCCGCACACGUCAUGCCCGCGACGCCGGCCCCGCUUCGCCCGCCCAGCGGCUGCCAAUCUCCUCCUCGGUUGCGGUCCUCUCCUGACGCCUGGACGCCCAAACUCGCAGAAACGGAAACGCAGCCGCGUGCCGUACCCGGCGCUUCUGGGAAAUGUAGUCCAGCGCCGAGGCGGGCCCGUACACUGGGAGGCCGGGUGCACGCACUUUGCCGGGUUGGUGCGCUGGGCGGCUGGAACCCGCGUGCGUGAAGCCCCCGCGCCUCGAGAUGUCCGGGAGUGCCCGCCGGCGCGCAGUGCGCAGGCGUCAGACGCUCAGUCUGAGUGGCCGAGCCCUGGAGUGAGCGCUGAGUGGACCCAGAGUCUUCCUCAGCAUGAGGAGGGUGGGACCCGGGACGCGCCCGCGGGGAGAUGCGGUCUCCCAGCCGAAGCUGGGGCUUCGAGCGGCUGGGGCCUGCGAACUGCCUGGGCUCCUGCGGAUGCCUGGCUGGGAUCUUGGGGGGCGGGCCGGGUGGCCGCGCGAGACGUUGAAGGCUUGCGGGGUGGGGGUGUCUUCAGUGCCCGGUGCAUCGUCGUGUUUCUGUACGAGCGUCAUUCUUCCUGCCCUUGGGUGUGGGGGUUUCUCUGCAGGUUGAACCAUGAAAACUGCCCUUUCCACAUACAUUGCAUGAAUUCUUUGAAGCCAAGUAACAUGAGAGCGACAGAUAAAGGCCAUUCCACACUCUACAUUCAUUUAAAAAAAAAGAGAAGAUGGCCCAAGUCCUUGGGCCCCUGCACCCACAAGGAAACCCGGAAGAAGCUCCCGGCUUCAGACCAACCCUGCCCCAGCCAUGUAGCCAUUUGAGGUAUGAACCAGUGUAUGGAAGAUUGUGUGUGUCUCUCCCUCUCUGUCUCUCUGUAACUCUGACUUUCAAAUAAAUAAAUCUUUGCGGGGCUGGCGCUGUGGUGGAUGCAUUAAUUAACACCCUAGCCUGAAGCUGCAUUCCAUAUGGGUGCCGGUUCGAGACCCGGCUGCUCCACUUCCCAUCCAGCUCUCUGCUGAGGCCUGGGAGGGCAGUGGAAGAUGGCCCAACUGCACCCGCGUGGGAGACCCGGAGGAGGCUCCUGGCUCGUGGCUUUGGAUCGGCUCAGCUCCGGCCAUUGCCGCCAACUGGGGAAUAAACCAGCGGAUGGAAGACCUCCCUCUCUCCGCCUCUCCUCCUCUCUUCCUUUCUGUGUAACUCUGACUUUGAAGUAGUUAAAUAAAUCUUAAGAAAAAAAAAAAUCUGCGUUCACCGUGAGUUGAAGACGACACUUAAAGCGAGUGAGAGAAGAGACCAGAGCAGUGCGGUCCGCACAGAACAAGAUCGGAGACACAGGAGCCCCACAGAGGUCUCCGGGUGAGGAUUCCUGCGGGGAAAGACCGGGAUCUUAGCACAGUCUCCCCCUCUUCUCAACUCUAAAACUUAAGGCUGCUUCUGCCUCUAAAACUCUCGGACCCCAAGUCUGUGGCCUGGAACACCGUUUCCCUGGAAUCUGCAGCCCGGGACUCACCUGCCUUCCCCGCUGGGAUAGCGUCGCCGUGGAGACCACCUCGCCCCCGCUCACGGCCGAGGGCACCCCAAACCGCGGCCUUCUAGAAACGCUCACGCGCCAAUGACAUCACAACAGAGUCGGCGGUGACGUCACAACCGCAGCCCGGUGGAGUUCCCGGAGGGCCCGGGAUUCUCAGGGGGCAGCGAUGGUCGCGGAGUCCGUGCCACGCGGCGCUUCGCGUGCGUUCCCGGGAAAAAUCCCGUCUGGCGGCCACGCCACGCCGGUUCCGCCGUGGGGACUCCUGGGCCUUGUAGUGUGGCCCUGGAGCCCGGCAGUGUGGGACGGGGUCCUCCAGAUCUCAGCCCCCAGGUGUGGAAAUUCUGGCUGGUGGGUGGGGAGCACAGAGCGGAGUCCGGGAGGCUAAAGCAGGGGCUGCCUUGGGCCCUGACCGCCGGCCGGUGGUGCGUGACCCUUUACUGCCGGUGGGAGUGCGUCUGCUGCUGUUCACGGCCUCAGAGCGUGCUUGUGCUUCGGUGUCAACCUGAAUACAAACAGCCAAGCAAUAGUUAUUAACGGGAGUGUGCUUGCCUUACUAUAAACAGCAAGCACAUUUGAACAGAUGACGCAAGGGAAAGUUGAAGGCAAACUUGAGGAUCACGUCAAAUAUUCUGAAACAGUGUUUGACCACAAUGAUUAAUAACCAUGGUGACAUUAGUCAAAGGUUGAAUACACAGUUUCUGAGCAGAUGUCCUUGUAGAAGUUUUUUGUUUGUUUUUUGGGCUUUUUCUGUCAUUUGGUUAUGACAAUCUACUAUGUGUAGUUUAUGUCAGGAAGGUGUUAAGAAUCCUUUCUUUUCUUUUCCGCCUCUCUCCCUUCUCGCUGCUGCCGUGAGUCGCUUCCCGGCGGUGUUCCGGCGAAGUGGGUGCUGGUCCACGGCCUGGUCGCCAUGCCCCGGAAAAUCGAGGAGAUCAAGGACUUCCUGCUCACGGCCCGGCGGAAGGAUGCCAAGU